AUGAAUGAUUCUUUUUCGACAGAUCCAAACUUUGCAAAGAUGAUUAAAUAUGUUAUAAAUAAAUCAACAGAUACAGGAGAACUCAUCCAAGCAAUCCAAUCAUUCAGAAACUCAUUAAAUCUUCGCUAUGUUUCACAAUUUUUAAAACCACACCUUAAUUGUUCACUUAUCAUGAAAGAUGUAUGGGAUAUAUUAUUCACACUUGUCGAACAUCCAGAUUCCAAUGUUCGAAUGUCAGUAUAUAACACUAUGGGCGCAAUAAUCUUCUUUUUAGGGCCAUUUAUAUCAGUAUACAUUGUCAAUUCAUUUCUCAAAGCCAUCCAAAAUCUUCAACCGAGCCAAUACACAUCACUUGCAGUCAUUUCCUGCUAUUGCCACUUGACUCCUUACAUUUCUUUGCUCCACGAGAACGAGUUUUAUUCAUCACUGCCUAUAAUUCAACAUUUCUCAUUCUAUGCACCUGAAAAUCACAAGUAUUUCCUGACUCUUUUCUCUAUUCUCACUCCAAAUAAUGAAUUUUGUUUUUCUGUCUAUAAUACAUUACUUCAGAGUUUUGGAAAGGAUCCAACACCUGAACUCGUCAAGUCUUUAUACGAAUUACUCAAACAUUCCCCUGAAAUUUUGUCACAAGAUUAUUAUUUAUUUUCCAAACCGGAAUUUUCGAAAUUACUGCUUAUGAUUUCACCACAAAUCCUCCAAAAUGAUGUUUUAUUCAAAAUUUUGACAGAAAAACAAAUAAAUUAUUUAAUUGAAAUUUCAAGUCUAUCUUUAUUAAGAGAUGACAUCCAAUUCAUUGAAUUUGAGCAAUCAUGUCUCAUUAUUGCGAUUUUCCAAUCAAAAAACAUAAAAAUUCCUGGAAUUGAAAAGAUUUUUGAAAAAUCUCUUCCAGAACAUCUCAAAAUCUUCACUUUCAAGCUGACAACUAACUUUAAUGACUUGAUACCAAUUGAAAAUGACUCAUUAUCCACAAUAAACUCAAAAAUCGACGCAAUUUCAUUUUAUCUCCAAAAAAAUCCAGAAAAUUUCAAAGAUUUAAUCAAAGGAUUUGACAUUUUCAUUGACUAUCUUGACAAAUCAAGUGAAACAUUCACACAUUGCGUUGAUUCAUUGAUUCCUUUUUAUUCUGAAAUGAAAUCAGAAAUUUUUGACAACAAAGACAUAAAUUUGAGAUAUUUCAAAGCCUUAGAUAUCAUACUAACCACGAAAACAAAGAACUGGGUCCAACAAAACAAAGUUGUUUCAUUUUUGAGUAAAAUUCCAAAUAAUUUUGGCGAAAAGUUGAUAAAAGGAUUUGAGAAACGGAGAAUUUACUAUUUAAUGGAAGCGACAUUAAACAAACAGAAGAAUUUAUCAAAAUCUGCAGUUGAAAUUUUGUCAAAUGUGAUAUCUUCAAAAAAUCUUAUAGAUGUGAUUGAUUUCAUCAUACAUUCAGAUAUAAUCAACGCUCAUGAGCUCCAUUGCUGUCUAAACGUUGUAAACAAACUUUCAGAAAAAUUUGGAAUUUCAAAAUUUGUUUGUUUAGAGCCAAUCUUUACGGAAUCGUUUCUUAUGAAUCCAUCCAUUAGUGUUUCUGCAAGUUAUUUCAAGUUUUUCUCAGAAAUUGGAAAAUUUGAUUCUUCAAUUUUCUCGAGAUCUAAAGAUUUACUUGCGAAACUCCUCAAAUCAUAUAUAGGAACAGACCUAGGCCUUGACCAAGAAAAUUUGUCCUAUGAUUUGCCUCCUUUGAACACUUUACUCAAUACUGACAUUUUAAGUCAUAAAUUAGGAGAGGAAAAUUUAUAUUUUGAGUGCCUUAGAGAGUCAUUGACGCUUGUUACGCGUGCAAGCAACUAUGAUACGUCAUUGCUACAGCCUUGCUUGAUACUUACGCGACUAUUUCCGACAAUUUGUUUUGAAUAUUUUAUGAAAUAUCCGAAAACUACCGAAGAACUCAAAGCAAAGAUAAAGGAUAUACUGACAACAGCUAAUACAAUAUCAUUGGCCGCAAAAGCAGCAGCUGCGGCUAAAAAAUUUGAGCUAAAUGACGAAAAUACCAAAAAUUGUAUCGACCAAUAUCUCCAAAACUAUGAAAUACAUGAUGCAAGAGACUUAUAUAACUUCUAUUUGUAUGUUGAUAAGGAUAUUAUUAGCUAUUUGUCGAAAUUAGACCAGAAAAAUACUUGUUUAUUUGAAUUUCUCUCUGAUUCGAAGCUCUCUGGAGCAGAUUUCACUGAUAAGAUCUACUACGUGAAGAACUUUGACUUCCAGGACUGGCCAGUCGAAGAUAAAGAAUUUUAUAAUUAUAUUCAACAGAAUAUACAGACAUUGAUAGACUCAAAGACACCAAUAAUCAUAAACAAACAGUUAGAUGACUGCCAUUUGAGAUUUAUUGGUGAAUUUCCCGAAUUAUUCAAACAAAUUUCGGUUGAUGAGAAAUUUAGCUACCAAAGGACAUUCAAGGGUGUAUCAACAGAAGAUUUAGCCAUGGAAUCUUCAAUUACUCCUUCAAUAAUUCAAAAUGAAAUUAUUGAUGAUGUUUCUUUGUUGAAAUCAUUCUGUUUAUACUCAGAUUUGAAGGUUGAAGAUGAUAUUUACAAUGCUAUUUGCCAACUUUUGGUGAAAUAUAAUUUAUAUAAUUUAUUAUUCGAGUAUUCUGUCAAAUUUAACCGUGAAAUACCCAAAGAAAUACUUAGUGAAAUAGAUUUGACUUGUUUGGACGACGAUACACUCAUAAAUCUCGGAAAUUAUUAUUAUAAUUUGCCGAAAAAGCCUCAAAUCCUCAAAGAUUUCUACAAGAGCUUAGCUGUUAAGUAUUCCAACCCAUUAUUACACAUGAAACGCAACAAAACAGCUAGGGCAGUCGUUAAUUUCAAUCCACAACGCGCUUUGGAUUCUUUCAUUGCCAAUUUCAAGCCGACCACGAAAAACGUGAAGUCACUGAUUUUCUUCGACCAAUUAUACGGUCAUUCAAUAGAUAAGGAAUAUUCAGUGAUAGACAAGCUCACGACGUACGAAUACGAUGAUGAAGAAGACUUUAAGCUUGUACUAUAUGUUCUGAGGUAUUUCAGAUCAUUUGUGUCCUUUUCUCAGUCAUUAUUAAAUUCAAUUGAAUCUUCUUUGUUGAAUGCUAAGAAUGCUGCACAAUUAAAUGAAGUAAGAGGUAUUAUAUCAUAUUUCCCAGCAAAGCAGUACUUGCAAGGCUUCGCAAGUAAUUAUAAAAAUUUAAACAACCUUUUCGUUGAAGGAUACUCUAAAAUUGAGUCCGCAACGUAUGAUAUGAUAAAAUGGAACUUAUAUCUGCAGAUUCCAUCCCAAAUCAUCUCAGUUUUGAGGAGUUUGAAGUCAAUUUCUAAUAAUUACGUUUUUGGUCAGACUUAUUGGGCCACCAUCCAAUUAAUCCAAAACUUUGUUCCAAGAAAUAUUAUUCUCCUUCAAGAAUAUGCAAAGUUUUUGCUUUAUUUGGAGUCAUCUGAUAAUCCACCAAAAGUUUAUGGGCAAUACAUCAAACCAGCGGCCAUAACGUUCCGAAAUAACCUGAAACUCGAAACAGAGAAGGAGUUAUUCCAUUUAUUCGAUGAUCCAAAACAAAAUAUUCAAGAUUCUUCUGACAAACCAGCUCUGAUGAAAGCAAACAACUAUUUCAUGAAGGGAAUUUCACUUCCUCCACAUACGAACCUCUCAGAAGAGCUUUUAACCGAAAUGGGGACAAUGGGAGCUGCUUAUUUCGUUAUCGGACUAGCGAACAACUUGAACUCACAUUUCUUUGAUUUAUAUAUUGUUUUGGCAACAAUUAUUCGAAGAAUGACAAGAGAAGAAUCUGUCGCAUUUCGGAAUAUAUCGAAAUCACAGAUUCUACCCGGAAUGACUAAUAAACAAAGGCAACACUCAAUUGAGCUGCUUUUGGAAGGAAAAAGAAAGUCAAGAUUGGCAGGUGCUGCUGAAGCUGCUUCUAUCGACUCUAUAAAAUAA